UACUUUUCUAAUGCACACAAUUUCAAUAUGUAUAUCACGACUCCGUGAUUGACUAAUAGGAAUUGCACAGGGGCUAAAUCCCGUGUUUACAUUACGCUAAUGUCAUAUUAGUGUCGUCAACUAAUGUAUUCCUUUGUCCCGCAUGCAAGUGCUGCCUUGUUUUUUUUUAGCUCGGUGAUUAAUUUGGUUAAUACAGUAUAAUGAAUCCUGCAAUGAGUCAUGGGAUUGGAAUGUCAUCUACAAGCAGCUCCAGCAGCUCCACCGCUCAACAGGAGUACCUCCUUGUAGGGAGCAUUACGGACAGUGCCUGUGAAGCCUUGCUGCUCCGUCUCAAGGCUCUCUGUGACAACGUGGAGACUCCGGAGACGUUUAGGGAUCAUGAGAUGGUGUUUGUGCUACGUGGUCAAAACCAACAGACUGCUGUGUUGAGGGCCAGGAGGUCAGUGAACCCACCGAGUUCAUCAUGGCAGUUAAGGUACAUCGGUCAGAAUGAUGUAAGUGAUAAGAGUAGGAUGGUCACUGUUCGUAGCUAUCAAGAUUGCGCUACCUCAAAAAACUUGCCUGGCUUUCUCGACGAGAUUGGUUUCAAAUUGGAUUAUGAGUUUGUGGCAGAGGGUCAUAUGUUCAGGAAGGGCCGCCUCAAGAUAACGGUAUCAAAGUUAUUCAAGUUUUCUCAGCCUGGAUUACCGGAGAGCUCCCUCGAUCCCAUGACCAACUCUCGUCUCGUAGAACUCAGUGUGGUGGCGCCCUCAGGGUCCGAAAACGUACCAGAGGACAUGCGGCUGUUUGCCGAACAACUCAAACCUUUGGUAAUUGUAGAUAAACUACAUGUAUGACCUCAACUCGGUCUUCACUUAUGAGGAUGGGGAUACAGUGUCCAUUAUUCCCCUGGAUCGAGAGCGGCAAACGGAUUAAUAACCAUCAUGUUUGACAUCAACUCGGACUUCAGUUUGAAAGAUGGGGAUGCAUUGUUUGAUGAAUUUCUAAAACAGUACCCAUCAUUUCUCUCGGGUCGAGAGCAGCAGCCCCAGUGAAAAACUACAUCAACUUGCACUGUUUGUUCGAUGAUGUGGAUGGAUUGUUCGACACCCAAUACAAUGCCCAUCUUAUUUUCCUGCGUUGAGAGCGGCAACUACAGUGAUAAGCUCCAUGUAUUACCUCAGCUUAGACUUUACUUAUGAAGAUGGGGAUAGUGUCAAAUGAUUCCCUUGGAUCAAGGGCGGCAAACGCAUUAAUAAACUACAUGUAUGACCUCAGCUCGGUCUUCACUUUUGAGGAUGGGGAUACAGCGUCCAUUAUUCCUGUGGAUUGAGAGCGGUAACCUGCAUUAUUAAAUAAACAUCAUGUUUGACAUCAACUCGGACUUCACUUUGAAAGAUGGGGAUGCAUUGUUUGAUAAAUUUCUAUAACAGCGCCUAUCGAUUCUCCCAAGUUGAGAGCAGCAACCACAGUGACAAACACGAUGUAUGACAUCAACUUGAACUUCACUUUUGAAGAAAAAAACCCCCCCCAUUUAUGCCAUCAGUUUGUACUUACGAAGAUAAGGAUGAAUUGUUAAACAUGAAAUACAGUGCCCAUUGUAUUACCCUGAGUUGAGGACACCAAACAGAAUGAUAAACUCCAUGUAUUACCUCACCUCAGACUUAACGUGAAAACGGGAUAGUUUCUAUUUAUUCUCCUGGAUUGAGAGCAGCAACCGCUGUGAAGUGCAUUUGAGUAAUUGCUAUUUGCAUCUCGGGGCUUUCUCGUCUAGUGGAAAGAUAGCGAUGGGACUCUCCAACAUGAUGGAAGUGCAUGUGAAACUGAACUCCUUAGUGUGGUGGAAAGACAUUUAAUCAAGACUUCAAACAAACUAUGCUUGCUACACCCAAAUGAAGGCAUACAUGUGAGACUGAUAUGCCUUUUGUAUAUUAUUCUUCAGUUUGAACAGUUAUGGAGGAGAAAGUGUAACAUCGUGGAUGUUUUGAGUGUUACCUCUGGCAACAUGGGUGUAAAAUGGAGUAAUUGAAUUACAAUUUCUAUGCACCUGUAUAUAUGCAAGGCUCCACACUAACUUUUGUUCUUGGUGGCCUGAUUGGCCCACCAAAGUCAUCAUUUCAUAUUUUUGGUGGCCCGCAAAGCAAAUUUAGUGACCUCAAAACAAUAGAAAAUAUUACAAUUUAUGAAAAGUUUGGAAGCCCAAGCGGGCCACCAAGUGUUAGCUUUUACAGAAUGUUGGUGGCCCUACUCUCAUUUUUGGUUGCCCCUGGCCACUGCUAAUGUCAAGCCCUGAUAUAUGUAUUCGUUACACCCGCGUUGAGGUGCUUAACUCUGGCUGAAAUGCCUUGUGAAUAUACAGUAUCCACCUAUUAUGAAAUGGUAUGGAGAAGAAAUUUUGCGGGAAAAUAAAUGUUUGGAACGUUGUCUAUGGAAGCACAAUGAUAAUUGCACACCUUUUCUACUCCUGGAUUGGGAGAGUCGACCUUUGCUAAAAAGACAAACACUAUGGAAUUUGUAUAUUUUGCCUAGUCUAUCGUACAUUGUGAACAAAAUAAAAUGCAAAAGAAUACACUGAA